GGCGAGGGCGGUGGCCAGCAUUCUACGAACAGCAAUUGCACAUCCAUAUCGCCAGUCCUAGCGGCAGAAAUGCGGCCGGCACGUAAGCGGGAUGUGCACAAUCAAUGGCGGGUGAGGCGUGCAGCAGCAUUCAUGGCUGCUGUAUUGGCUGCCGUUUACCACAUCCAGGAGAUGGAGAUGAUGAUGGUGCUCCUCUUCGUGGUCCUCCGACGAUGGAUCCGCGCACGGAAUGGUUCGAGAGCCUGUGUUGCAUCCCUGUUGGCUUUCGCCAUGCCCGUUCUGGCAUCGGCCUUGGAUGCAGCAACACGCCCGUCUUCCCGUCGUCGUUGGUGGGUGAAGCCGCGAGCAGGAGGUGCGUGGUGUAACAUGAUGAGGGGCGAUGAGGCUGCAUACGAUUACUGGUAUGACAACAUAAGGAUGGGAGAAGACACAUUUCGCGGUAUUGUAGCCGUGCUUGAGCCCUACCUUCAGAGGAUGCCCACUCACUACAGGAUGCCCACACCUCCGGACCAGCUGGUUGCCUAUGCAUUGUAUCGAUGGGCGACCGGGGAGUUGUUCGAGCAUUCAGCAACCUCGUUCGGUAUGGGUCGCGAGACGGGCAGAGUUGCUGUGCGAGAUGUGACGGACGCUUUGCUGCAAGCUUACCCAAGUGAGGUGCCAUUUCCUGUCGGGCAGAGACAGGUCGAGGCGUUGGGGAGGUUUCAGGCCAAGGGCUUCCCGGGGUGCUAUGGUGCAAUAGACUGCACUCAUAUCCUUAUUGACAAGCCAGCUGGCGAAAGGGCGCGUGCGUAUUGCAAUCGACACAGGAAAUACUCCAUUGUCGCCCAAGUUGUUGCCGGUGCGGAUCUGCGGAUUUAUGAUUGCUUCGUCGGCUGGCCGGGGUCAGUGCAUGAUUCGAGGAUUCUGUACAAUUCGAGUCUGUGGCAGAGGGCGGAGGCAGGCACUAUCUUCACUGCAGAUCCUGUCGUGCUCCCAGGAGAAGUUGAGACCCGGGGAUAUUUUCUGGGGGAUGGAGGCUAUCCAUCUUUGCCGUGGUUGGUGGUUCCAUACGGCGGUGUCCAUCCCGAAGGAAGUGACUUGAAGACGUUUGACGACACGCAGAAAUCCUUGCGUGGGUGCGUAGAGCGUGCAUUUGGACGUCUGAAGAAUAUGUGGCGGUUGUUCCUUCAGUGUCAUAAGCCUGACAUCAGAUCACUGUGCGACCAAUUCCGGGCCGUCUGCAUAAUACACAACUUGCUAAUCAAUGCUGGCAUCCCUCUUGAUCCUCGUUUGGAAAGACGUGCCCCCCACGAGCCCCCUCAUGACAUCGAUCGAGAUCCUCUGCCACCACCCGUGGAUAUGACGAUUCUGCAGGCGCGCAGAGCAGGACAGAGGUUGAGGAACUCGCUUCGGGACCAUCUGCUUGUCCAUAAUAGGGAAGUUGCCGCCCGGCGAGCACGCGGGUGACCCCGUAGGUGCGGCUGUGUAAG